GGGGCUGUCAGACCUAGAUGUGGGGUCAAAGGGUUGAAGAGGGGAUAGGUUCUGCUCCUGUAGCCUCACUGCAGAAGCAGUAGCGCUAGCUCCCCAGCGAAGCUGUGCAUGCCCCAUCCCUGGAGGUGCCCAAGGCCAGGUUGGCUGGGGCCCUGGGUGGCCUGUGCUGGUGGGAGGCAGCCAGCCCUCGGCAGGGGUUGGAACCGGGUGGGUUUUAAGUUCCCCUCCAACCUAAGCCAUUCCAUGAUCUCUGCUGAUGGCUGGUGCAAGUUCUGAUGGAGCCUUAUUUUCAGCUCAGGCGUUCUUGUCCCUGGGGAAAAAUCAAUAUUAAUGCUUCAGUGAUUACUGCUUGCCUUCCAAAUAUGCUUCUGAUCAGUUCAAGAAAUCUGACAGGCACGUCGCUCAGGAUGCUAAGAAUACAACAGAAACAGCUUUGAAAGGAACCCUUCAACUCUUGAUAUUUGUGAAUGAGCUCCAAAGAACAUUACUCAUUUAUUUUUCAGGAAAAUGAUUUCAUUGACAUGAACAGGCCAAAGCCUGCAAGCUCUAUUUUGUGAGCAGCAGCUCCUUACACUUUCAGCUGCAUUUUUAUGAUUUAUGUGCCAUGCUAAGGCUUUAACACCUCCCAGGAUAAUGAGAAAAACAAUUCUGAUUUCCUAUUUCAAAUGUAGGCUGCCUAUAAGCCACGCGUGUGGAUCAAGCUCCUUCUAAAGCACAAAUGUGUUCCAUCCCUCACUCCUUUUCAUUACAAUCUUCAACCAAAAUGUGUUUUAUGCAACAUUUGUUUUGCCAUAUAUCUGUGACAGAGUAGAACCACUUAGUAGAACCGCUGUUCUUCACUUAGCUGAAAGAUAUAUUUUAGGGAAUGUGGCACUCUAAAUUUGUUGUCAUGUGAUAGAAGGGGGACGUGUGGACUCACCUUCCGUUUGCUGCUGCUGCAAUGGUUUUAUGCAUUACUUGAGUAUUAAGCAAGCCCUUUUCAUCUGCACAGAACACCUCUUGCUUGCCAGUAAGAUGAAACAACGUUCAGAUUUAAGGUUUGCUAUUCUCAUUGUUUCUUAAUUGGGUUCACAUUGAUUGCCAACAGAUGAAUAAUUCCUCCUUCUACAUGGACAAGUCUCUUAAACUUUUGAAGUCUUAGGUUAGGGAGAUGUAUAUAUAAAGUCUGGAGAGCGAAGGCAGAGAAACACCUCUACUGACCUCAAGAGCAACAGAUCUGCAGGUAACAGGCUGCACAGCCACCUCUGCUAUGAAGGCAAUGGGAGCUGCUGCCCUCCUUGGAUUAGUGCUUCUCAGCUCCUUUUCUGAUAUUGCUUCUGGUCAGCAAUGGGCCUCCUGCAGUGCGUACCGGCUGUCGGACAGCGGGGACCUUGCGUGCCCCAGGAUCUUCCAGCCCGUCUGUGGCACCGACAACAUCACCUACCCCAACGAGUGCUCGCUCUGCAGACAAAUCCUCCGGAGCAGGGCGGUUGCCAAGAAGCACGAUGGGAGGUGCGUGAAGGUUGAUUGCACUGGCUACAUGAGAGCAACCGGUGGGCUGGGGACGGCCUGCAGCCAGCAGUACAGCCCGCUCUAUGCCACCAAUGGGGUCACCUACAGCAACAAGUGCACCUUCUGCUCGGCAGUGGCGAAUGGAGAGGACAUAGAUCUGCUCACUGUUGGAAAAUACCCCAAGAUUGACUGCAGUAAAUUCAAGAGCACUGAUAUCUACUGCACUGAUGAGUACAUGCCCCUUUGUGGCUCUGACGGCGUAACGUAUGGGAACAAAUGCCACUUCUGCAUUGCAGUUCUGAGGAGUCAUGGAUCUCUAUCUCUCCGACACCGUGGAGAAUGCUGAGUGCUGGAGCAUAACCAUUACCCUCACCUUUCACUUCCAAAGCCUGCAAUUCCAACACACUCUUCCCUGCUCCCUGUUGUACUUUGCUUUCUGCCUUGACCCGUCAGUAAAUCAAAGCCAGCAGCUCUC